UUUUGUCUAUGGCUAACUUUUGACAUUUUGCAUGUAGAAAAAAAAACAUUAGUCUAUGAUCCAAGAUGGCGCUCAAAGCACUUGUCGGACAAAAGAUUAUGAAUGAGGUGAUCCGCUACCGCGGACCCAAGGGGAAGGAGUCCCAGCGCAUAGAAUGGCGGAUCCUGAUAGUGGACCAGCUGUCCAUGCGCAUGGUGUCCGCCUGCUGCAAGAUGCACGACAUCUCUGCAGAGGGGAUCACCUUGGUAGAAGACAUCCACAAGAAAAGGGAGCCUCUCUGUACUAUGGAUGGGAUCUACCUGAUCACCCCGUGUGAGAAGUCGGUGCACGCACUCAUCAAUGACUUCUCAGUUGGAAACCGCAUUAUGUACAAGGCAGCCCAUGUGUUUUUCACUGAAGCUUGUCCAGAUGCAUUGUUUGAUGAAAUAUCUCGUAGUCCAGUAGCUAAAUAUAUCAAAACACUAAAGGAAAUCUACAUUGCUUUCAUACCUUAUGAACAACAGGUGUUCUCUCUGGACUCGCCGGACACGUUCCAGUGCAUGUACAACCCGGCGCUGACGCAGACGCGCAACGCCAACAUGGAGCGCAUCGCCGAGCAGAUCGCCACGCUGUGCGCCACGCUCGGCGAGUACCCCUCCGUGCGGUACCGCAGCGACUGGGAGCGCAACGUGGAGCUAGCCCAGCUGAUCCAGCAGAAGCUGGACGCGUACAAGGCGGACGAGCCGACCAUGGGCGAGGGCCCGGAGAAGGCGCGCUCGCAGCUGCUGGUGCUGGACCGCGGCUUCGACUGCGUGUCGCCGCUGCUGCACGAGCUCACGCUGCAGGCCAUGGCGUAUGAUCUGCUGCCGAUUGAGAAUGACGUGUACAGAUACGACGCGUCGCAAGGCGGCCCCAUGAAGGAGGUGCUGCUGGACGAGAACGACGAGCUGUGGGUGGAGCUGCGGCACCAGCACAUCGCCGUCGUGUCCACCUCCGUCACCAAGAACCUCAAGAAGUUCAGCGACUCCAAGCGCAUGGGUGGAGGAGACAAGCAGUCCAUGCGCGACCUCUCGCAGAUGAUCAAGAAGAUGCCGCAGUACCAGAAGGAGCUGUCGAAGUACGCGACGCACCUGCGCCUCGCCGAGGACUGCAUGAAGGCGUACCAGGGCUACGUCGACAAGCUGUGCAAGGUCGAACAGGACCUCGCCAUGGGCACCGACGCUGAGGGUGAGAAGAUCAAGGAUCACAUGAGAAGCAUUGUGCCUGUGCUGCUCGACCAGGCAGUGACCAACUACAACAAGAUGCGCAUCAUCGCGCUGUACAUAAUGUCUAAGAACGGCAUCUCGGAGGAGAACCUCAACAAGCUGGUGACGCACGCGCAGCUCGAGCCCUCCGACAAGCAGACGCUGCUCAACCUCGCCAACCUGGGGCUCAACGUCGUCAUUGAUGGCAAUCGCAAGAAGCAGUACCAAGUGCCGAGGAAGGAGAGAAUCACUGAACAAACCUACCAGAUGUCUCGAUGGACCCCAGUUGUCAAGGAUAUCAUGGAAGAUUCUAUUGAGGAUAAACUGGACCAACGCCACUUCCCAUUCUUGGCUGGUCGCGCCCAGACUUCAGGAUAUCAAGCACCAACAAGUGUCCGCUACGGCCACUGGCACAAGGACAAAGCUCAGCAAACUGUCAAGAACGUGCCGCGGCUGAUCGUCUUCAUCGUUGGAGGCGUGUCGUUCUCUGAGAUCCGCUGCGCGUACGAGGUGACGGCGGCCGCCAAGAACUGGGAGGUGAUCAUCGGCUCCUCGCACAUCCUCACGCCGGAGACCUUCCUGUCCGACCUCAGCUCGCUCACCGCCUAGGCGACACGUACGUCGCCACGUUUAACAACUUAAUAAGAGAGGCAUAGCGCAAUAAGGUCUUUGCGCGUGCAUAACGUUUUAAAAUAAUUAUGUUUUUUUUUCUCUAUCAAGCAAACAAUUGUUGUUACCAAACAGAGCAUACUUAAAAUUGUAAUUAGUAGAAAGGGAGAGCUCUUUGACUGCAGUGUUUUACGUUAUGGAAUCUGUCUCGAGAUCCAUGAGUUAUUUAUUUUAAUGUGAUAUAUUCUUAAGUUUUCUAGAAAAGCUAAACAUUUUUUAUUACUUAAAGCUCUUUUAUGUUGAAUAAGAAAUUAAAUUAUUAUUGUUGACGUUAUUAAAUUUUAAAGUUUCAAUCAAGUUAUCUUUGCUUCUAAUAGUAAGUAGAAAUCUAGAUUUUAAGGCAAAGGUUUCAAGCAUUUUAAUAUCAUAUAAUAAAGAUAUGAUACUAUUAGCUUAUCUUAUUUGAAUUGCCAUUUAUUAUUUUAUUCUAUUAAAAUAUCUGCUACAUGACUAAAGCAAAAUUCUACUGGCCUUCAGAUUGCCUUUAGUAGUAUUAUAAUUUUAUUUUAGAUCUUGUAAUCUUCAAUCACAAAGUGCUGAAAUGUUCUUAUUGUGUAGAUUUAUAUAAAUAAUUAUAUGAAAAUGGCAAUUAUAAAAAUAUAUAUGUACUACUAAAGUAGUAAGUAUUAAAAUAUUUGUAAGUCUUGCAAAUAUUAUGCCUUUAGCAUAUGUGUGUUUAGCAUUUAGGUUUGCUUUCGUCAUCUGUUUAAUGCCAAAUGCUAGAUCUUACGCUGUAGUGUAAUAGAAGUGAAUAUCAGUCGAAUAUACAUAUACAAACAUCCCAAAUACUUGCAUCUAAAGCUAAGUUUUUCGAAAUUUUACUCAAGUAUUUAUUAAUAUUACUGUUUCGACCGGCAUUAUAAAAUUGCAUAAUGACGACAUAAAUAUGUAUAUGUAAGUCCGUAUUUGUAUAAAAUAUAAUCUUAAUAUUUAUUUUGUCUACAUUCCAAUGUCUAUGUGUAGUCUGUAUUUUAAACUCUCUUUGUCACAACAAUUUUAAUAAUAAUCAUUCUAACUUUCAAGCACUACAUUUCAACCAAACUGAAAGUUAAGAAAGUUCUACUAAUGUAGGGAUCAUUUAGUGAAUGUAUAAAUUUGUAGCUUUGAGAAGUUAUUUCGCUAUAUUCCCAAAAUAAUUUUAAUCCCAAGCAUUAUUACUACCCCAUCUGCAUCUAAGUGAGACAGAAAAAUAUGACCUGAAACAUGAGUGUCUCACACCUUCAUGCAUUCUACCUGCACUAGUUCAUGAAAUAUUGCCCACAAAAAUAUUUAUCUUGUGAGUGUGUUUCAAUAAUAGCAAGCCAAUUAUUAUUCUCAAUGAUUAGGAUGGUAAUUCAAAUUUUAAAACCAACAUUUAAUAAAUUACAAUUGGCCGUAACUAGUUGAUUCUUACUAAUGUUGAUGAUACCGUGUACCUAUGUAUUCUAUGAUAAUCAAUCAUGUUUGUGCAAUUAUGUAGAUAUAAUGUUUGUUUAGACAUACUUGUGUCAGUAUUCAAUCGUUAACAUUUAAUAAAUUAUUAUAAUGGUAAA